GGCUGUCCAACCCCAGUGCAGCUGUAAGAAAGCGCAGGGUGGGAAUCUAUUCUGGCUUAUGUUUUAAGGUGCUUGAAAUGUCCUGUUUGGGUCUCUUUUUGUGUUCCAGUUGUAAAACCCUAACACUUAUUUUGUGGUAUCAGUGUUGAAUCAGAAACUCUUAUACAACCUGUCUUUGAAUGUGGCAGAGCGGAGGUGCAUGUAUGUAUAUGGUCUUAACGUUUGGAUCAACUUUGGUUGCAUCACGAGGCAGGGAUAUCCAUUCGCAUUUUAUUUCUGCAGAGCCAUAGCUGGUCUAUUUGUUUAGUAAACAUGGUUAUUUACCAGCAUGACUUUUUCAUAUUUUUAUUUUUUUUACUACUCCCUUCAUUUUAAGAACUUCUGUUUUUUCUUGAAUUGCAUGUUUUCACCCACACUAAUUGAACGAUUGUUGUAGAUAUUGAGAGAGUGCAGUGUGGCACAGUCAAGGUAGUGCUUAAUCUCUACAAAUCCUCCAGAGAGCAGAGAUGAUGGGACUGGAGUUCAAUGUUGAUACCUCCUAAUAGCAUUGUUUACCUCCCUCUGGGAGUGCCCAUUUCAUGUUCUGUGAUGUGUAAUGAUGGGUCUGAAAAUAAGACUGUUGGCACUUCAGUGCUCGUAAAUAUGCUGUCUCCUCAGUAUGUAAGGCCUAAAGCAUGUAGCUAAGCCUUUUACCACAUGAGAGGGCUGUGUAGAGAAUGACAGAUGCCUUCUACCCCCUCAGUUCAGCUGCUUAUCUACUCGCUGUAAUCAUGAUUCUCACUAGACUAGAUAGUGAGUGAGACCUGUAUGAGGGUAUGUUGUGUACCCUUUGCUCUGCGCUCCUAAAGUUUUUGAGUGGCAAGUGAAGACUGAUAUUGCCUGGCCUUGUGGGUUUGAACUGUCAGAUGCCGCAGGCUGAUUAACAGUUGAUGUCACCUGAAAUGCACAGCGACAGCUUCCUCUCUCUGAUUUGGCUAUUGAGCCUGUGUAGUGUCCUAGUCAUGGUUUUCCUCUGAGCUGGCUCUUGGAUAGAUAUUACUUUAUGAAUACAUUAGAUUAAUUCCCACAAAGAGUAGAAUGGUUAAAAAAAAUGUUCACGAAUUUCAGGUUUGGAUAGGCAACCAAUGAUCUCAAUCUAAGCUAUUAAACUGAUAAUUGAUACUAGCAUGCCAUGUAAUAUGGCUCAUGUAAUAUGGCUCAGGUUGUCAUUUCCUAUCCCUGUCUCAAUACAUACAAUGGCACCUGAAGUAAUUCCUCCACGUAAGGGGUAGACAGUCCCGUUGUAGAAAAGUCUUAGUUCUUUAGGCGAGGCUAAAUUGAGUUUGCACAUGCCAGUGGUUUAGGAUGCAGAGGGGGAUAAAAUGGCCAAUCUGAGUCAUAAUACUAUAUGUGCAAGUCUAGCCCAACACUAACAACGGGCCAAGGAAUAUGUUUACCCCCGUGUUUACAUUUCAGUGAAGCGUGAAAUUGGUUAGAAAAUGCACUUCGUGGGUCUUGCUUUAUUUUCACAUGCCAAGCAGAAUUAUGAGGUACAUAGCCAGCCUGUCAUACAUGAGACCCCUUUUCCCAAGUGGCCUGUCAGAUGUGGUCAAUGUCCCUGCCUGGCAUAAUAAAUAAGCAGUACGUUGUAGGCUUUUUUUUGCGUCUCUGUCUUGUACAAUUUAUAUUUAAUUUUAAUGACUCCCCAAACAUUUUUCUAAUGUUUUAUGAAUGAACAGUUUGCAUCCCAUGCUUACACACGCUACUUUUUUACUGUCACACAUUGUUUGAAUGAUCUGAACUACAGUAUUGAUCAGAUGGACAGUCCAAAUAAAAGAGUUACCUUUUUUUGCUACGUGACUCAUGUUUGUGGUAUCAUCAGUGUUUCCUUUUAUUCAAAGUUUUGAAUAUAUUAUUUAAGACACUUUGCAACAGUUACAUACAGCUGUAUCAUAGGUAAUUUAUUUAUUAUACCUGAGUAUGGGUUACAAGUGUGUAUGACGUUUGGAAUGUGAUGAUGCCGUCAGUACAUUCCAUUGCAGUACACUACAUGCCUAGCUAGUCAACAUCAGGAGACUCACUCAGUCAAAAUGUACAUGCUACAACAUAUCAACUGCCUGUGCAUUCAUCCAUUUUAAAUACUUUUGAUUUGAAAUGUGCUGUUUUAUGGAUUAUAUUAAGUUACUAUGUGGGCUUUUAUUUUGAAAAGGAUUUGUACUUCCGGGUUGUGAACUUUUCCGUUUCCUAGUUUUAACAUUACUUACCAGCUAUCUUUUGGAGAGCAGCAAAGAAUACUGUUUUUUUAAGCCCCAAGUGACUGAUAGUGAUGCAUGGGACAUGUUAUUGACAGCCUUUGGAAAGAUUCUGAAUGGGAGGGCUUGCAUCUGAGAACUGACUGCAGCCACAAAUCACCAGUCACAUUUUCCCUGCAGCCGACCCGACUGCAACUACCAUUAUUCCAGCCCGUAAUUAACCUGACAUGUCUCAACCGAAGGAGUCAGGCGAUCGUGGGAAAGACAGGGAGCGGGGCGCCCGUCCCAAGGUGAGACAGAGCCGGUCUGAGGAGAGAAGAGAUGCUGGUGGAAGAGGAAAGAAAAAAGGCCAGACAUCCCGUGAGCAGCAAGCUGCGGAACGGCCUGUCAGCGAUGGGUUUCAGUAUGGGGACCUGCUGACUGGUCUGGAGCCCAGAGACCGCUGCUCCUCCUCUCCCCUGAAGGAGGGCAGGAGAUGGCAGGGCCUGGAGGGGGUCACUUCACUCAGCCAGGACAGGGGGACAGCCAGGCUGGCACAGGGGACACCUGAGCCACCAGCCAGUGAGGCUGAGGGCAGGGGGGCAGGUGGCAGUCGCACACUCCGCCAAAAGAUCCAGGAUGCCAUGGGGCAGUGUUUCCCCAUAAAGACCAACACUCCAUCGCCAUCAUCGUCCAGUUCCACUCAGCAGGUCUUUAUGCCACAAGCUGCAGCUGCUGCAGGGGCUGCCUCCUCGCGGCGCAAGAUCCACCUUAGUGAACUCAUGCUGGACGACUGUCCCUUCGCUGCAGGCACCGAGCUGGCUCAGAAGUGGUACCUCAUCAAGCAGCACACAGCCCCCAUCUCCACACCACCUAUAGUGGACACCUUGGUGGUCAGCACUAGUGCCUCUGCCUCAAACAUGGCCGCCGUGGUGGAGGAUGUGGAUGACCGGUUGCGAGAGCGCAGGCGCAUCAGCAUCGAGCAAGGCGUAGAGCCACCUCCCAACGCAGAGAUCCACACGUUUGAGGUGACAGCCCAGAUCAACCCUCUGUACAAGCUGGGGCCCAAACUGGCCCAUGGUAUGAAUGAGCUUGCAGGGGAUGACAGGGCUACCAUUCACCAGCAACAGCAGCUGCUUCUCCAGAGGCAACAGCAGCACCAGCUCCUGCUGCAGAGCUGUCUGGACACUCUGGAUGAGGUGGUGGCUGUGGCCGCCUCCUCUUCUGCCUCAGCAUCUGCCUUGGUCCCUGUCUGUGAGGCUGCUUCUGUCCCUGACCUUGUGGAUGACCCUGAGGUCACAGCCAGCCUCCAGCCAACCAGAGCUGCCGUCCCCCAGGCUGAGGGUCCCCCUACUCAGGACGGCUAUCGCAUCCACACCCAGAUCGACUACAUUCACUGUCUGGUGCCUGACCUGCUGCAGAUCACUAACCUACCCUGCUACUGGGGUGUGAUGGACCGCUAUGAGGCCGAGACUCUGCUGGAGGGCAAGCCAGAGGGCACCUUCCUCCUCCGCGACUCAGCCCAGGAAGACUACCUCUUCUCUGUCAGCUUCCGCCGCUAUGGCCGCUCACUGCACGCCCGCAUCGAGCAGUGGAACCACAACUUCAGCUUCGACGUGCACGACCCAAGUGUGUUCCACGCGCCCACCGUCACAGGGCUGUUGGAGCACUACAAGGACCCCAACUCCUGCAUGUUCUUCGAGCCUCUGCUGUCCAACCCCAUCCACCGCACCCUGCCCUUCAGCCUGCAGCACGUGUGCAGGGCGGUGAUCAGCAGCCGCACCACCUACGACGGCAUCAACGUGCUGCCCAUCCCCAACACCCUGAAGAAACACCUGAAGGAGUACCAUUACAAGCAAAGGGUGAGGGUACGGAGGAUGGACACCUGGUGGGAAUAACAAAGACCUUCUGGUGGAAGUGAACCACAACUAGGCUACUAACUAAACACUCAAUGGAGGCGGGCCUCGCUCAGUGGACAACCAGUUGACUCACUCCAUUUUUUUUAUUUUAUUAACAUAUACUUACCUACUGCCUUCACUGUAUACCUAGCUACCUGUUUUAUUUAUUAUUUGCCGUAUAUGAUGUCUUACACUUGUGGAUAUUAUCUGUGGAUAUUAUGUUAAUUCAAUUACGAUGCACAUACACAUUUUUCUUUGCUCACAAUAAACUUCAGAAGUAUCGUAAUGAUACACCAUGUGUGAGGGGAUGUAUCAAUUCUUUGGGUUGAUGUGAACAGAAUCCAGGCUGAUUUGGUGGAUGAGUUAUGGAGCACAUACAGGUUUAAAAAUGUGUCAGUUAAUUACCAUUGCCAAAUGUAGGCUACUGGAAACUAACAGAUGUGACUGUAUAUGAAUGACAACCUGCUGGAAAACUGCUGAGGACCUGGCUGGUGGUAUAAACCAUUUGCAAUUUUUUAUUUUUUUUAUUUUGUGUCAUUCCUUUUGAAGGCAAAAGAAAGGUACUUCAGUGAAUUUUUGACUCGUCCUAAUAACCUUGAAUAAUCCAAUACUUUCCUAUAUAGCCUAUAGUUUUCAGAUGUAAACUAAAACUAUGGGGUGUAAGGCAGGUAAAUGUCUUGAGUUUCUAUCCAUGUGAGAUGUUAUUGUUACUUCCUUUCAAAUUAGCGAACAUUGAAGCCAUUGCUGAAUGCAUAACACAAAAUGAAUCAAAUCGAAUAAGAGUUGAAACCAUUUCUCAGUGUUAGAGAAAACAGUGAUAAUAGAGCAGUUUUGUGUUAGUGCUGAGAACAACAUGAAGCAGCACCUGCUGAGAAUAGCUCCAUCUCCUCUGAAGUUUGGAAGUAGAUCUGUCUAGCUUCAGUCUAUUGAUCUUCUCAGUCUACCACUGAGCCUGUGUUGGAAUCAGAAGAAUGGUGAUGGAAGCACAUAUAAGCUACUUUUAUGUGUUGAUCAUUGAGUCAUUGUGCCUUGUGCUUGGAGGCUGUUGGUGUAGCCUGGUCAAAUAUGGACAUUCCAGCAUGAUGGUGAUUUUAGGAUGGCCUCCAUUUUGUAUAGCGAUGUGAUCUCAAUAUCAUGUUACAGUACUGGCUAUAUCAAAAGGGAGGAUUGUAUCAACAAUGAGCUUUAAAAAAAUAAAUCUGCCUUUUUAGUACCAUGUUCUCACAUGACAUGAACAUUUGCCAAGCUGUUGAAUUUAUGCCAUCUCUCUGUUGAUGAUGUUUGGGCCUGGAAGGCUGAUGAAAUGAUACAGAUAUUUGCACAUUUACACAUACCUCUGGCUGGGACUAAAAGCCCAUCUGGAAGAAUUCAGAUAAGUACUCUAAAGUGACAGACAGGAAAUUAUAUUUGCAUGCAGUGCAUUCGGAAAGAUAUCAGACCCCUUACCAUUUUCCACAUUUUGUUACGUUACAGCCUUAUUCUAAAAUUGAUUAAAAUAAGGAGUACCAUUUUUUUCCUCAAUCUACACACAAUACCCCACAAUGACAAAGCGAAAACAGGUUUUUAGACAUUUUUAAAAAUGUAUUAAAAAUAUAAAUACCUAGUUUACAUAAUUAUUCAGACCCUUUGCUAUGAGACUCAAAAUUGAGCUCAGGUGCAUCCUGUUUCCAUUGAUCAUCCUUGAGAUGUUUUUACAACUUGAUUGGAGUCCACCUGUGGUAAAUUCAAUUGAUUGGACAUGAUUUGGAAAGGCACAUACCUGUCUAUAUAAGGUCCCACAGUUGACAGUGCAUUUCAAAGCAUAAACCAAGCCAUGAGGUCAAAGGAAUUGUCUGUAGAGCUCUGAGACAGGAUUGUGUCGAGGCACAGAUCUGGGGAAGGGUACCCAAAAGUGUCUGCAGCAUUGAAGGUCCCCAAGAAUACAGUGCCCAUCAUUAAAUGUAAGAAGUUUGGAACCACCAAGACUCUACCUAGAGCUGGCUGCCCGGCCAAACUGAGCUAUCGGGGUAGAAGGGCCUUGGUCCUUGCACCCCUCCACCAAUCAGGCCUUUAUGGUAGAGUGGCCAGACGGAAGACACUCCUUAGUAAAAGGCACAUGGCAGACCACUUUGAGUUUACCAAAAGGACUCUCAGACCAUGAGAAACAAGAUUCUCUGGUCUGAUGAAACCAAGAUUGAACUCUUUGGCCUAAAUGCCAAAUGUCACGUCUGGAGGAAACCAGGCACUGCUCAUCACCUGGCCAAUACCAUCCCUCCGGUGAAGCAUGGUGGUGGCAUCAUCAUGCUGUGGGGAUGUUUUUCAGUGGCAGGGAAUGGGAGAGUAGUCAGGGUCGAGGGAAAGAUGAACAGCGCAAAGUACAGAGAGAUCCUUGAUGAAAACCUUCUCCAGAGUGCUCAGGACCUCAGACUGGGGCGAAGGUUCACCUUCCAACAGGACAAAGACCCUAAGCACACAGCCAAGACAACGUAGGAAUGGCUUCGGAACAAAUCUCCAAAUGUCCUUGAGUGGCCCAGACAAGGCCCGGACUUGAACCCAAUCGAACAUCUCUGGAGAGAACUGAAAAUGACUGCAGCGACGCUCCCCAUCCGACCUGACAGCUUGAGAGGAUCUGCGGAGAAGAAUGGGAGAAACUCCCCAAAUGUAGGUGUGCCAAGCCUUGUAGCGUCAUACCCAAGAAGACUCGAGUCUGUAAUCACUGCCAAAGGUGCUUUAGCAAAGUACUGAGUAAAGGGUCUGAAUAGUUAUGUAAAUGUAAUAUUUCAUUUUUAUAUAUAUACACACACACAUUUAACAACAUUUUUUUGUUUUGUUGAUAUUAAAAAUGAUGAUUGCUUUGUGAUUAUGGGGUAUUGUGUGUAGAUUGAUGAGGGGGAAAAACGAUUUAAUUUUCGAAGGCAAAACGUUACAAAAUAUGGAAAAAGUCAAGGGGCUGGAAUACUUUCCGAAUGCGCUUUAUGUAAAUAAGAACUAUCCCUUUAGUAAAUUAAAGAAAUUAAUUCCUUCGUAAAUGUUCCCAGACGAGACUUAGAGGGCAAACAACAUUUCAUGCAAGGACUUUCAUUUGACUGGUUAUCGGGGACCCAUUCAAGGAUUAAUUGCAUAAUUUACCAAUGCAGUGGCGUGAUUGACUACUUUGUGUGAACAGCAUUUCAUAUUCAUGGCAACACACAAAGAGAGGCCUCUUUGCUAAUUUAUGUGUGCAGUGUGCAAUAAUCACAGUGGACAGCCGUCCUAAUAUUAAUGAGUGAGCAUGGAGAAUGGAUCAGUACUGUCUGCAGCCAUCUUAGGAAUCUUCACCGUGGUAUGUCUUCAGAUGGAUGAUUUGAUUCACUGGAGAGCAUUUAUUUUAUUAUGCUACUGUUUGUAUUUAACCUUUUAUCCACUAAGGAGGAUGUCACCAUUGUUACGAACCGGCUCGUAGCCCGUAACAAAGAGGAAGACAACGCGGAGAUAAAGAAAUAACAAACAUAUUAAAUAAAGUAAACUAUAUACAAGUAAUGGA